CUCAAAUAAUGACGUCGAAGUUGGAUGAUUUAUUCGAUAAAAAGAAAGAUGAAGCACCUAUGCUUGAUUUGUCUAAAGUCGUUAUAAAUACAGCAGAGGAAUAUAGAGCUGUAUUGGAUAAGGUUCCCGAAUUUAAGACACGACCAGAAAAGGUAAGAGCUGAUGACAUAAAAAUUAAAGAUAGAAAAGAAGAUCAAAAAACAAAAACACCUAGGAAAGAGAUUCGGGCUUACGAGAAGUUAGGUACUCGUGGCUUUGAAGAGAAGCAGUUUACCUUCAUGGAUCCUAUGCCAGUAGAAAUGCAAGGUCUGAAGUUUGAAGAGCUUUGCGCCGUUCCCAUUGAAUGGCGGAUGCUUACAUCUGUUCGGCCAAAAUCAAAACUUGAUGAAGAAUAUUUUAACCGGUUGAUUGAAUUAGGAAAAUCAGAGUUAAGAACAAGAGCGAAAGAGAAGAGGGAAAACGCGAAAAACAAUAUGGUGAGGAAGAUAAAGAAUCGAUCGGGAGUAACGGAAACUCGUGUUGUAUCGUGCGCUGAAUGCGGGGAAGAGUAUUGUAAUGGUAAAAUGUGUACGAUAACAAACUAUGACAUGUUUGCUCGUUUGAAGUUAGAAAUAGAACCAAAGGCAAGACGAGCGCAGGCUGCGCCCUCUCAGGUCAGCAAACUACGCCGCAUGCGUCGCAGACCGCGACGUAAACCACGCAGCAAAAGUGCGGCACCGACCUAUAGAAAGUCUACUGGAAAAGGGACUAGAAGUGAUUCUGAACUUUAGAUUUUGUAUUGAUGAUCAAACGACAUCAGUUCAAAUUACAUGCUUGUUAAAUUUUGUUGUUUUCUAAGAAAAUUAUACGCAGGUCUUUGUUUGUGUUGACAAGACCGGAUCAAUAAUUAAACAUUUAAUCACUAAGAUUAAAUGUUUAAUUAUGAUCUGGUCGUAGUUCACUAAGCACGCAAUAGUAGGCUCAUUACGGUUGUUACCCUAAUUCUGUUAAAAUUUAGUUUAUUUUACUCUCUCAAAUUAAUGUAUCAUAAUCCUACAACACUGACGUUAUGGGUAGAUGUUGAGUAGGUGACUGAUAUAACGAGACUACUAUAGAGAUUUUAUAUUAUAAAUAAGAGUUGUAAGCAAGGAAUAUGAAUAAAUCAAGAUAUAAUAUGGUAGGAAUCAUUAAGAUAUUAUAAUGCCCCAAUUGAUGAAUUAAGCGAGUAGUAGUUGUCAGUUUCUUCACCACGUGGUCUGAAAUUGAAUCUCAGUAUUUCUUAAGACAUUUAAUUCUACUACCUACGACAGGUUGUGCUUUUGUACCCUAAUAAAAAAUAUUAAAAUUAAGUAUCAACUUUAAUAUGCAUUAUAAACUUUUUCAUGUUGUGUAAUAAUAAUU